UAUCACCAAAAGUUUCAAUUUUUGUAGUAAAUUUUUAAAUUUGGGUAUGUGGGUAUGCUUAGUUUGCUAAUUUCUAUCAUUCUAUAACUGCAUUUUAUGUUUAUGUCAAUUGGGUGAAUGGAUUGAAGGAGAAUCAUGAGUCUUCAUCUGCUUUAGUUUGAAUUGUGAAUUUUAGAGAUGGGUUUUCUGCUAAGUUGUCCUUGCCGUCAUGAUUUUUUUCCCCUGAAUUGUGCAUUAUAACUCAUUUGAGAGUUUGGGGCAUUGAUUCUCAGUUUGUUACACUUGAAGUUGUAAGAUGUGGGCAUCGUUUCAAUUUUUUUGUUCUGUAUUGGGUGGUUGGUUUGAACUUUGAAGUGCAAAUUUAUGCUUUCUGCUCUUGUUCGAAAAAUCGGCCUAGGCGGAGUCUAGUCGGAGUCUAGGCGCUAGGGGGCCGCCUAGGCGGAGUCUAGGAGCUAGGCGGAGUCUAGCCGCUAGGCGGCGCCUAGGAGCUAGGGGGAGGACACCGCUGCGAUUUCACCAUAAUCCUUAUGGUUAGGCGCCUGGACGGGUCGGGUGGCUGCUUCUUUACUCUUCUCGACCCAACCAGUGGCAGCGACGGUUUCUUCUCUACUCGUCAGAGGUAUCUUUGAAUUUUUCUUCUUUUCUUUGUAGCAGCUGCUGGGCUCAUAUUAUUUCAAAGGCGCGCAAGAGGAGAUGAUGGAGGCAGAGAAAGAGGAGAGACGAUGGAGGUAGAGAGAGAUGGGAGGUGAUGGAGGCAGAGAGAAGAGAGAUAAGUGAGGAUAGGGUUCGUCCAAAAAAAGGAGAGAUUUGGAUGCUUUUUUAGGGUGUGAGAGUUUACCUGAUGGCAUCAUCUGAAAUAAAAUCUGGGGCAUUGGUUUCAUUGCAAGACCUAAAUCCAUCUUCCCCUUAUUUCAAGCAAGGGGCUUCGUUGAGACUAACUGGAAAGUUACAAGGGUAUUCUGUAGAGACAGCCAUUGCCACAAUUGUUGAUGGAAGUGACAGCUUAAAAAUCAACACCCAACACCUCAGGGAGCUUAGCUUUCGAGUCGGAUCCAUCUACCAGUUCAUCAGCGAGCUGCUUAUUCAACCCGAUAAUGAGGCAGUCUUGCAGGCACGUGUGGGUAGGAAUGUUGAUGGCAUUGAUCUCAAUCUCUAUUAUCAGUCUCUGCAAUUGUUGAGACAAUUGAAGAACCCAUCAACUUAAAUAUUGUAAUUUUCCCAUGGUCGACUUAAAUAUUGUAAUUUUCAAUUCAAUUUAAAGACCAAAUUACCAUCUCCA